AUGAACGAGAAGGAAACUGAGGCUAGUGAGUUGUUUCAGUUUGAUCCUGAGAUUGAGAGGACACUGUUUAGAAGAAGAAGAGAACUCAAGCAGAUACCAGUUGAUCCUAUUGAGAAGAUGGGAGAUCAGAGAGUUUUGUUGAGGGAUCUGUGGAUUCCAAAGGGGCAAGUCAUCUCAUCAGGAAUUGUGGCACCAGUGAUUCAGGCUAAUAAUUUUGAACUCAAGCCUGCUCUGAUAAAUAUGAAUGGAGUAUCACCUGAUGUCAUCAAGUUAUCUCUCUUUCCAUUCUCUCUGAGAGAUGGUGCAAGGAUUUGGUUACAUUCCUUACCACCCACCCUGACAGAUACUUGGGAUCAUCUUCUGCAGGCGUUCCUGGAAAGGUACUUUCCACCUACUAAAGCAGCAGAAUACAGAGACAAGAUCACCAGAUUUGCUCAGUUUGAAGGUGAGAGUCUCUAUGAUGCAUGGCAGAGAUAUAAUACUCUGAUAAGGAUGUGUCCUCACCAUGGCUUGGAAAGGUGGUUAGUGCUCCAAACAUUCUAUAAAGGAUUGACCCAUCAGACCAGAGCUUAUGUUGAUUCAGCUGCUGGAGGAGGGAUUAUGAACAAGACCUUGGAAGAAGCUUUUGCACUUAUUGAGAGUAUGGCGUCCCAUCAUUUUCAGUGGUCAAGUGACAGGGCAGUGGUUCCUCAUGCACCUGGUAUUCAUGCCAUUUCUUCAGCAGAUUUAGUGGCAGCUCAAGUAGAGAUCCUGAACAAACAGAUGGCAAGUAUACUUUCUGAAAGGUCUGCAACUUCAGUGGCCUCUGUACAAUUUGCUCAAGCUAUGUGUGAUGUUUGUGGUGUACAAGGGCAUACAAAUGGAGGGCAGUCUAGCACUGGCUCAAAGGCGAGUUUCCAUCCUCAGUCUGCAUAUGCUCAUCCUUCUCUGUCACAUGCUCAGAAGCAACCUGAAGCACCCAGUUCAGCAACUUCUCGCUUAGAAGAUACAACAGCAAUGCUAACUGAGUUGCUGGCUAAAAUGAAUUCAGAAGUUACAAGUCUUAAGGAUUCAAUGAGAAACAUGGACAAUAAAUUUGAGGCAGUGCUUAGCAGAUUUUGUCAGAAUAGAGACGAUGCUAAACUACCAGCUCGGCCUGAACAGAACCCAAAGGCUCAAUGUGGUGCUAUAACAACUUGUGCAGUUACAACUAGAGCUGGCACAAGCACCUCUCCCAUCCUUCCAACUCCAUCAGCAUAUGUGCCACCUCAUGUGAGGAACCUUAAAAAGCAAGCUCCAAAUGAACAAAGAGAAGAAAGUGAUGUUGAAAAGAAUGAAGGAGAAACAACAGUAAAUGAUGUACAACCAGAUAAAGUGCAAGUCUCCCAGCCUUUAAGGAUUCCAUUUCCAGAAAGGCUAGAGAGAAACAAAGAUGAUAAGCAGUAUGCUAAAUUUCUUGAAGUCAUGAAGGAGGUGUAG